AUGCUGAAAGCUCACGCAGAGCCCCACCCAUUCGGUCAUAAGAAACGUAUCCGCUCUCUCCAGCUUGAAGCUGUCGCGAAAGCCGGACACCCAAAAACCAUGGGCAGGCCUGAAAAAUACGAAGCCCCUGCGGGGAAGCCCUCAAGAAGCUGCCUGACCACAAACGUGAAGGCUCUACUGGCUGUGGCAGCCGUCCUUUUACUGUGGAAACAUUUACUUUUCAACACUUCGAGGCCUGAGUUUUCGUAUGAAGAGCUUCAGGAUUUUCUACUCAACAUUCCUUCCGCUCAGAAAGCUCGAGAAUGGAGCAGCUACUAUACCUGGGGGUCUCAUUUCCCCGGACAGGGGCUGGAUCAAGCUCAGUGGACACAAACGAAAUGGUCCGAAUUCGGGAUUGCAAAAGUCGAAGUCACGAGCCAUUCGGUUUAUUUGUCUCGGCCGCAAGGCCAACGGGUAGCGCUUCUAGAUCUCAAAAAGGCCGAUGACCAAGUUGUUCAUGAAGUCAGCUUCAUAGAAAAUGACGUUCCCCCUGGCGGUGCUGAAAGACCAUUCAUCCCGGCAUUCUUUGCGUGGUCCGCUAGAGGGAAUGUGACGGCCGAAUAUGUAUACGCCAAUUUUGGUCUUGACCAAGACUACGAGGACUUGGCACGGGCGGGAAUUAAUGUCGAAGGCAAGAUUGUCAUCAUCAAGUUGACCUUCAACUCGCCGCUCCUUGAACGGCUAAAUGCGACCGCGAGCCGUUUCACCCAAAUCGCUAGCGCAACAAAAGCCGGUGCAAUCGGUGUUCUGGCGUACACCGAUACCCAAGGUGAUGACCCGUAUACAGAAGCAAAUGGAUAUCUGCCAUUCCCAGAUGGGCCUGCUCGUCCUCCGUCGAUGAUUCAAAGGGGUACCAUUGGGGUCGUUGGUAAGGCAUCCGGAAUCACUGCUAUGAUACAUCCGCUAAUCCAAACGGCUCUAGAAUCUUCUCCGAACGAUGAUGAAUUCAGAGCCACCAUUCCUACAAUCCCUGCUAUUCCAAUUUCUUAUGCCGAUGCAGCAAAGCUUCUUCGCGCGUUGAACAGCCGUGGACCGGCUGCAGCCGACUUCAACGAACGGUGGGCUGGAGGCGGACUGGGAUACAUGGGUGUGCAAUAUAAUGUUGGGCCUUCGUCGCCUAGUGUGGUCAUACAUCUAUCCAGCAAUCCCGAGAUUCAAAUUGGCCAAGUUCACAACGUGAUGGGUACAAUUGAGGGCAGUAUCAAGGAUGAGAUCAUUCUGCUUGGUAAUCAUCGCGAUACUUGGGGACCCGGCGCCGGCGACAGCCACAGUGGAUCAAGUGCCCUCAACGAGGUGGUUCGUGCCUUUGGUGCAGCUCUUCGAAAGGGCUGGAAGCCACUCCGAACCAUUGUCUUCGCAAGCUGGGAAGGAGAGGAGGUGGGCCGCGUCGGAUCGCGAUCUUGGCUCCAAGAGAAUACGCAGACAGCGAAUACCAGCAUCGCUGCUUACUUGAACGUUGUCGAAGCUGCUGCGGGCGCCAGAUUUCACGCUCAGGCGAGCCCACUGCUUUCCAAAGCAAUCCUCGAAGUUACAGACCAAGUCUUAUCGCCCAAUCAAACUAUAUCACGGCAGACUGUCCUUGAUGUUUGGGGCGGUGACAUUCGGUUCGGGACAGCUGGUGAUUCAAUUUUGUUCCAAGGCUGCGCCUGCUUGCCGAGUAGUGACUUUGGAUUCUUGACCGGGCCAGGUGACCCUGUCUUCCCAUAUCACUCCAUGUAUGACACCUUAGAGUAUAUGGACAAGUACGGUGAUCCUACGUGGGAAUAUCACGUUGCCACGGCAAAGGUUUGGGGGUUAUUGGCUGCACGUCUUGCGGAAACACCCGUUCUGUCAUUCAACGUCACCGACUAUGCGAUUGCCAUGAAAAAGGCUGCAAAUUCCCUAGAGACUCUAUUUCCAAAGUCUGAAAAUACAUUCCUCAAGCCACUCCAAGAGGCCAUUGAGGCGUUGUUCCCAGUAGCAAUGGCGCACGAUUCCAGAAGCAGUGCACUUCUUGAAUCUGCACUUGCUCAGCGUACAGCGCCUUGGUUGCGGGCGAAGCUUCAAACAGUCAACCAGAAGUAUAUGUACUUCGAACGUAUCUUCUGUCGCGAUUUAAAGCGUUUGACAAAGGACACUAACCACUUGUUCGUGCCUUCAACCCCGUACUACGUCCAUAAGCGCGGGUUCCCGCAUUUAGAGAUGGCAAUCAAGACUGGCAACACUUCGCAGAUUGAGGUAAGUUCAUCUUGA